AUGAGGGACUCCAUUUACAAGGAGCUGACGGUGGAGUUCCUAGUGAACUUCAAGUGCCUCCAUGGGACCAACCAUGAUUUCAUCUUCGACGAGGAGGGCAUGGACACCUUCACACUCGGAGGUGUCAUGAGGAGUAUGAGUUUCACAGCUUUCUAUGUGGCACUCGGUAUUUACUCCGAGGAGUUCACUAGGACCCAGGUCUACCGCGACUUGAGGAGAGAAGGAGAUGCAGACUAUAAGGUGCUUCUUCAGCCUUGGAGGAACAACCUCUCCAAUGUGAGCAUCACCACCAGAUGGACGACCAAGAAUGCAAGGAGGACCCAACUCAUCUCGGUGACGGGCAUCUGCCACGACAUCAUUGGCUACUCUCUCAUAUGA